AAACAGGGCCAUGGUGUCCACCCACCUGAUGUAGUGAUUGCGUGCCUGUGCAUGGACUCAAUUUACAUGGUUUGACCGAAUCGACCAUCACACGGCCGAAUGCACGAACGCAUACGGUCCGUUAAUGCAAAGAAGACGAUGAUUUUGGAUCUUAUCGAGCUUGUGUGAGCCCAAGCAUAAGGUGUACAGCUCAAGAUUUAAAACUGCCGUGCUUCCCCUCAUAACUCAGUCCACUACAUUCCAGUCAGUAAGCAAGCCUUUUCGAGCCAUCCACACACGUAAACUGUCUACUUCAAAACUGCGAUACCUCUCAGGACGAGCUUUAUGGCAGAUGUGGAGUACUUGUUUUCUCCUGUAUCGGGCUGUCUCCAUGCGUCAAGGGAGCAAUUUACAUUGAGCAAAGGCCAGCUGGUACUUGAUGAAAAGCCACCUGAAGAACAGGAGACAUUGAUGGCGGAAUGUUCCACCACGUAUGACCUGGAGAAUGUUCUUCAUGAGAUAUCCUCGGACGAUUCGUACCAGCCAAUAAAAUGUUGGCAUUCAGGAUCGCCCAGUUCUUCAGAAUCGACGGAAUCCUUUCCUAGCAUUUCAUUCCAGUCACCCGGGGCAACUGAUCAAUCUGUCCUCAGUUCCAGCUUGCGAAUUGAAGCAGCCGACGCCAACACUCGGGAUAUCGCCUACUUCUCUUCGAACCUACUUCCGUCUUAUGUGCAGCUGAGGGAUUGCGUCGACCUUGAUAGCCCAGAGGUGCCCCUCUACCAUUCCCCCACUCAAAUAACAUUUACCACCGAAUCCCGGCGUUCGCCUAGCCAGUCAGCGGAUGAGUCAGUCUUGCAAACGUCUACACAAGUGGCAGCUGCAGACGGCCAUUAUUAUCAGGAAGAGAAUACAGCCGUAGUUUGGAACGGUGGUCUCAAUCGACAUACAGCAGAUAGACCCCAUACUUUGAAACUCCGCAAAUGGAACGGGUCACCUAUGCUCCCAGAGCAACCGCUGUCUUUCACUAGUUGUUCAUCGAAGCUGGAGGAACAACUGGCCAGUGUGGAUCAUGCGUGGUUUGGUGCAUUGGAUAUGCCAAAUUUUAACUUGGAAGAUGUCGAUUUAUUAUUGUCCCCUUCGAAUCGUUUACAAUCACCGAAUUCCGAAAAUAUCCCGGAGUGUUUUUGCGAACGCAAAGACACUAAAAAUGCCGAGGCAGCCACGGCAGAAUCACAGGGUACGAUUUUUCUUGAAGGAGCAGGGCAAGACACUUCGGCAAGCAGUUCGUUACAGCCAGAACUCCACUCAACGAAGUCAGCAGUAGUUAACAGCUUUGGUCAUCACAGUGCGCCUGAUGAGGAGGAUGGAACCGGGCUGGAGGGGAAAGCGGUCCAUUCGGAUGAUACUCUGACAUGCUCGGAGGCAGAAUACUACUUGAAAGGUCCGAUGAAAUCAAUUAGACGGGGUAGAAAAUAUCACAGGCGCCGGUAUGGUUCCCCGGAUAGGGGGAACACUUCGGACAGUGACUUUGAGUUGGGUGAAAACGAGACACAUGUGCGACACAGACGUCAGUCCGUGGGAUUUCAGUCCAUUCGUUGUCCAAAACUUGUACAGUGUCUGUCCACUCCGAAGUUUCAGAAUGCGCAGGCCGACUCAAUACUCAAACCCUGGUGGCCGAAAAAUGUGCCUCUCUUGUACAAAUGCGAACACAGUUCAGACGAUUCAGAGACAAACCUUAAAUUCGACUGCGUCACAAAUGCUACACCAGCAAGCUACUCCCGAAAUGCGGGCCCGACGGAUAAACACAGACAAGAAAGUGAUUUACCCUUUAUCACAUCGAAGAAGGAUAUAUAUCCCCGCAAAAAAUCGGGUUUGAAGCGUAAUGGCUUGAAACGUGGCAAUGCCACAAAAUAUCCUCAUGAAAUUCGAUCCCGACGAAGGAGAAAACAAAUGGAGCUAUGGCAGUUUAUCCUGUGUCGCCUCCAAACAGCACGUCAAUCUGCUUUUCAAUGGGUUAAUCCGGUCACUGGAGUGUUUCGCAUUGCGGACACACUGGCAGGAGCUAGAGAGUGGGGACGUUAUCGUAGUAACAACCGCAUGGAUUACGAGAAGAUGGCUCGAGCGAUGAGGUUUUACUACAAAGACUCCAUCCUACGGAAGGCGAGACAACAACUGCACUUUCAAUUCGCUAUGCCUUACGUGGAGUGGGCUACAAAGUAUUAUCAAUAUCGGAGCUCCAAGUGAUCUUCUUCAUUUAUUGUUUACCUUUCGCAGUGAACAAGCUUUGUAAAGUGUAUAUGAACUUCAUUCCGUACAUUUGAUUGUCUUUCCGAAGUUACUAGUACCACACAGCUCAACACUCUCAUGUGCCUCACACUUAUUCCCAAAAAACUAUAUCUCUUGUC